AUAAAGUGGUUUGAUAAUGGAUGGUUAAUAGUUGUAAUUGUGAAUGUGUUACUGUAUAUAAAAGUGCUUUUUAAACUUAAAAAAUUCAACUCAAUUAAGGUUGUGUGGCAACCUUAAAUAAGUCGGGGAGUACCUGUACUUCUAUCGCUUGUCUGUCUGUGAUGCUGUAAAAGUAUAAUCAGGAAAUGUGGGUUCUGGAGCUCAGGCUGUGCUGGUGUUUGCAAUGGUAACUCUUGUGUAGUUUCCCAUGGAUUUGUUUGUUCUGUGGAGAGAGUGUUUGAGAUCGCGGUCCCACAGAAGGAGGUGGCCCAUCGGAUAACAGGGUUGCCAUCGACUGGUUCACCUACGGGCAGUUUGAAAGAAAGAAUAAUCCAAUGGAAUGAAGGUCCCGCCAUCACAUGUUAACAAUUUGUAUGUUUAAGAUGGUAUCCCUGUGCGGAAGGAGUGGCAAUCCGAGUUUCUCAGGAAAUGCUGCCAGCGGAAAUCAGGCCUGCAACGAAUUCACCACCCACGUGAUGAACCUGUUGCGUGAGCAGAGCCGGACACGCCCCAUCUCCCCGAAAGAGAUCGAGCGCAUGGUCAGCAUCAUCCACCGCAAGUUCAGCUCCAUCCAGAUGCAGCUGAAGCAGAGCACUUGCGAGGCCGUGAUGAUCCUGCGCUCCCGGUUCCUUGAUGCAAGGCGGAAGAGGCGGAACUUCAACAAGCAGGCGACGGAGAUCCUCAACGAGUACUUCUAUUCGCACCUCAGCAACCCGUACCCCAGCGAGGAGGCCAAAGAGGAGCUGGCGAAGAAGUGUGCCAUCACCGUUUCGCAGGUGUCAAACUGGUUUGGAAACAAGCGGAUCCGGUACAAGAAGAACAUCGGUAAAUUCCAAGAGGAAGCCAACAUGUACGCCGCCAAAACCGCCGUCAGCGCCACCAACGCCUCCGCACACGGGAGCCAAGCGAACUCUCCGUCCACCCCGAACUCGGCAGGUUCUUCUGGUUCUUUUAACAUGUCAAAUUCCGGAGACUUGUUCAUGAACGUGCAGUCACUCAAUGGGGACUCUUACCAAGGGGCCCAGGUUGGAGCCAACGUGCAGUCGCAGGUGGAUACCCUUCGCCAUGUUAUCAGUCAGACAGGCGGAUACAGUGAUGGGCUCACAGCAAACCAGAUGUACAGUCCGCAGGGCAUCAAUGCAAACGGAGGCUGGCAGGAUGCUACUACCCCCUCAUCAGUGACGUCGCCAACAGAAGGACCCGGAAGUGUUCACUCCGAUACCUCCAACUGAUCUCUUCGCCACGGCUCUCUGCCGGAAGAUGGGUUUCUUUACAGCAUCCACCAAUCAGAGCGGAGGUCAACCAACCAAUAACGACAUAGGGUUUCCUUCUGCUUGGAGUGCUUUAAAAAUUAACACCAAUACUGACAGUUCUUUAUACCCCUUCUUUUGUCUCUGGGUAGAAAACCUGUAUCACCGAAGAACAUUCAGAAACCAGUAUAGAAAUUUCACACGCAAAGAAUUGUGUUUGUACAGUUUUCUUAGUGGAGCCAGAGGACCAGGUUACCCUCUUAGUAAAAUACCUACAGGCAACCGUUAUCUUUAGGUUUAUAUGCUUUCACACUACCUCUCAGCCAAAAAAAAAAAAGAGAAAAUAAUCAUACAAAAAGCUACUUUUUUUCUAAAGCUUUGUUACUACUAGCAGAAAGCACCAGAUCACCCUCUGCUGUCCAGAAAGUUAGACUUUAAAGGACACUUUUACUGUAUGUCUUCAUUCGGUAUUUAUCUGUGACUGUGUUUUUCCUGAACCGCAAAUGCAAUGUCAAAGUAUUUACCUUUAUCACCCCUGAAGUUGGAAAUGAAUACAAUAAAAUAGCGUUGCCUUCUUCCGCCUGGUUUAAGGUCGGCACUGCCUGCGUUUGGUAAGGCUGGACUGAAAGUGAUAAAUAUCCACGCGAGUCCUUAGUGACACCAGGAGGAUGAGAGAUGUAAGAAAAUGAAACCGUGCUGCUGGUGACUACUAGAUCAUACAGUUCGCACCUCUCCAGUGAUCGGCUUUUAACGCAGAGGCAGCUGAACACAGGGCAUUCUUAGACUUCUGCUCACAGUAAAGAAGUUAUCCUGCAUAUAUCAUUGUUAGGCAAAUAUUCUGAUUAUUGUUCUGAAUGUUUGAACCCCCGGGCUUAAUAAUAUAAUUCUAAAACAACUAUAGUGUAGGUGCAAGGGACAUUUCAAUUCUUGUUUUUGAAUAGCACAAGAGACUUACGUUGUUUUUUUUUUCUCCAAGAGGGAAUUAGUUACCGGGAAGCGAAAAGCUGUACUGGAAUAGUUCGGCACAGCUCCCCAGUUCAGAAAAUGAAUUUAAUGGGCAUUUGGCUGUGCUGCACUACGUGGUUUGAUCUGUGUGCUCCUGAAGUCCGACGAGAAGCAGUUUGAAGCACACACGCUUGUUUCUCUUUUCUCUGUCCUUAGUCCUUACUGUGAGGUUUCACUUCAGCAUUGCCUUUUCAUUUUCUAUCCUGAUGUGCUUCUGAUUUUGGUGUACUCAACUGUGGCGGCCUAUCAAUUACAGUCUGAGAAAGGGAUGGAAGUUGUUACCAUUCCACUGCAUGGCAGAAAACACGGUAUUUGGCAAUUGGCGUAUAUUUGCAAAGGUUGCCUUUUUUAAAGGCAUAUAUUCAUAUACUCUCAGUGUAUUCUAAAAGUCCUUAAAUUUAUUUUCUUUUGCUCUCGAACCAUGUGCAAACUGUUCCCUGUAAUGUGACGUCUACAGCAGAACAUGUGCUCUUGUUGCCAAGCUAUUACUCUAAAGAAAACACUUUGCGUCUUCUUGCAAUUGUGCUUUGUUCCCUGUAAAAGGAUGGCUUUAUCUUCUUACCACAUUUCCAACAUGGUUUGUCAACACUUUGCCCAGUAAUAAGUGCAGACAUAUAUCCAUCUGUAUGAAAGAUCCAAUUCAGUCAAUUAGUACUUGUUUACAGUUUCAAAUCAGUUUGGCUCAUAUAAACAGUGUUUAAUUAUAGUCAUAUGAGUAAUGAGAAACCUAUCUUCUUCACUUUGUAAUUUAGUACAUUUUCAUAUUGUCAUCGCACAGUAUCCAAUUUGAGUUUGUGUGUAGGGGAAAAUUACAUCUUUGCAUAAGAGAUCUCACUAUAGCCAAAUGCUGCUGGUUAACCAAAACACUUAUGUAAUAAGUACAUAAGAAUACAUUUUUUAAAGUAUUCUGACCUGUAAAAAGUCAUAUUUUUCUUAUUUUUUUUAUCACAACCUACACAAUUAAGGUAAUUGAAAUGCAUUGAACUUGUCUGACUUUUUCAUCGUUGUUCAAAAUUUGCUUCACUUAUACUUUGCGUUUUUUCCUGCUGUUAUUUCUGGUGCUACAAUCUAACUGCAUAUCAGGCACACAGUGAUAGGUAAUUGAAAAUAAUGUUUUUUUAAAAAUGCAAUAGAGUACUAAUCUCUGUUGGAAAUACAUUUAUGUCUGUCAAGGGUUUCAGUAACUAAGUUUGUUUUUUUCAGCACAUUGAAUCACAUCUAGGCAGAAUCUACUUAAAUGUGGAAGUCAUUAAGCUAAUAGGAUUUAAGCAUUUCUCCAGUAAGUCACAGCUCUGUUUUUAAUUCAGGUAAUAUCAGGGCAUGACCACAGAACAUAGUGGUCAUGAGAUUUCUUUACUGAAAUUGAACCAGAAAGCACCUGCGUUCUUAUUGGUUUAUGGGAGGAAUCCGAGACUGCAGAAUAUGACAUUAGAUACUGCUAACUCCAUGCUGCAAUAAAUCCACCAGGAGUAAUCCCUCUCAUUUUAGCAAACUAACCCAAAAUGUGAAAAUAUAGUACUUUAAUUCUUAUUAAUUUACGUUUACAUAUUAUCGAGUUUACACAAUUUUCUACUGGUUGCCUUCUCUUUCUCAAUCUUACAUAUCGGCCCAGAUCACGACUUUGAUACCAAAAACUGCAGAAGUUUAAAUUCUAGACACCGUCAGCUUUAUUAACGCUUGUUUCACGGUUUCUUGCAAAUUGUGUCUUGUUAUUUGUAGUACUGCUGAACAUUUGAUGUGAAUGUUCUCGUAUACUCCAAACCAAAAACGCAGUCAGAACUCAGAAAUGUCUGUUAAAAGGAAAGAAGGAAAGGGAGACCCUAAUUACACAGAAGUACAGAAAUUGUUUGGGUAUAUUUGUGUGUGUCUUUAUGUUGCAGAGAGAGAGCACAUUUAUUUCUCCUUUUUUAUUUGUUACAGCACAGGACUACCUAUAAUUUGUUUUCUUGUUCUUCAUCUGUGAAUUAGCUCAAGAAUGCUCUAUAUAUCUAGACGUGCACCUGUGUUUCUGUUUUCACUCUUUUGAAAGGGACAGUAUCCAUUUUGCAAAUCCAGUGCAGCUAAAAUCUUUAUAUAAAGAUGGGGGGGGAUGGGGUAAUUCCUUGCACAUGAGGGGUUGAAUCCAGCAGAUUUUCAUUGUACAUUCUAGAGAAUAAACAUUAACCUGUUUUUAAAGUGGAUACUGUCUUGUGAAGGUGAUGUGAAAAGUUAGUUUUAACACUUAGAUUCCUUUUAAGAUGUAGUUAACGAGACCAAAUCCUGUUUAACAAUGUCAUGCAAAAAAAACAGCAACUCCCGUGAAAAAAACACUAAACUAGUGGCAACUCGGAUUGGCUGGAAUGGAGUCACAAAAGUACAGCUAAAAAUUCCAGGAAACCUUUAGAUCGAUAAGAGAUUUCAAUAACGUGUUUAAGAGUAACCUAACUUGCCACUCAAUAUCCUUAGAACAUAAUACAAAUGUAUUCCAGAAACAUUCUAUGUAGGCCUAGAGUGUAAUGUUAUGUUACAAUGAACUCACGAAUUCUAACUUUUAAGCUUUUUUGCUCAGAAUAGCCAUAUUUCAGUUAUUUAAAACAUUGGACUUGAUACAGAUAGGAUGCCAAUACGCUUAUUUGAGCUGCAUUAUUAGACAUAAGGUUAAACAUCUUGUUCCCUGGCGUUCCUUCAUGUUUAUAUCCUGUGUGUUAAGGGAUAGUUCGUUGCAGCUAAUUAUGAUAUGAAGACGAUCUUGUGUUGCUCAGUAGAAGAUUAAACUCCCGUUCCCUGCCACACUGUUGUGAAACUACAGUAUAUUUUUAUUUUAAUUCAGUUUGCAUGAGGAGCCUGCUUCAACACAGAGGGCUCUUGGUUAUUCCCAUUUUUAACUGGACUUUUCACAUUGCCUGUCCUCUACCACAGUAUAAUUAAAAGCUUCAUGUAAUGAUGCUUUUAGUUUUUGCAAAAAAAGAAAAAGAAAAAAGAAAAAAAAGCUGAGCAAUUUGUAAAACAUCAAAUGUUUUCUUUGUUGCAUGUCUUUUGUUCUUUAAAAAAAAUACUGCAGUGUUUUUUGAAUGUUCCUUCUUUUUUAUAACGACUUCAGAGUGUGAAAUCACUGAGCCCUUCUCUGGCGCAGUUUUAACUUUUAAGAUCUCUGCAUAUGUAAAAAGAUAUAAAAAUGAAAACACAAAACUAGUGUCUUUUUGAUUCCAACUUAAAAAUCUUGUGUUCUGUGAAAAAAAAAAACUAACAAGGUGUAGGUUUUAUGGUCUUUUAAUUUGUACUGGUAAUGCAUAUUCCAAAUAAAUAGUUUCUUUUGUUGCA